CUUACGUAAAGGAUCUUUCCUUCCUGCCCCUGAUUGACAGCCGGAGAAGCCGCCGCUGCUGUUCCCAGGGAGGACCGGCCCGCGCUGGACGCCGGUGCGAGGCGGCGCUCCCCGGGAAGGCGGCGCUCCUGCCGCGAUCCUGCCGCGCCCCUGCGCGCCCGCGGCUGGAGCAGCGGGGCAGCGGGGACAGCGGGGGCAGCAUGGUGGUGCCGCCGCUGCUGCGCGCCGUCAUCAUGGGGCCGCCGGGCUCCGGGAAAGGCACCGUCUCCGCUCGCAUUAUCAAGCACUUCGGUGUGAAGCACCUCUCCAGCGGCGACCUGCUGAGGGACAACAUGCAGAAGAAGACAGAAGUGGGAAUCCUUGCCAAGUCCUACAUUGACCAAGGGCAGCUUAUUCCAGAUCACAUCAUGACACAACUAAUGCUGAAUGAGAUAAAGGGUCUAGACCAGUACAACUGGCUAUUGGAUGGUUUCCCCAGAACAGUUGCUCAGGCAGAAGCCCUUGAUAAAGAAUGUCACAUAGACACUGUGAUUGACCUAGACGUGCCAUUUGAGACCAUAAAGUGUCGGCUUACAGCACGCUGGAUCCACCCUGCCAGUGGCAGAGUCUACAAUCUUGAAUUCAGUCCUCCCAAAGUGCAGGGCAUUGACGACAUUACUGGCGAGCCCCUUGUUCAGCGUGACGAUGACAAGCCAGAGACUGUAAGCAAGAGGCUUCAGGCUUAUGAUGCACAAACAAAACCUGUCCUAGAAUAUUAUCGGAAAAAAGGGUUAUUGAAAUCCUUUUCUGGAACAGAAACCAAUAAGAUCUGGCCACAUAUCUAUGCUUUCCUUCAAACCAAGUUGCCAGAUGUAAGCCAGAAAGAUGCUGCCAACCCCAGGUGAAAAUGGGUCAAACUUCUGCUUAUUUGUCAUAGCUCACUCCCAAUUACAUGAGAUUCUGCAAUCAAGGAUUUGUCCAAGUAGUCUACCAGACUCAGCAAUAAUUUAAGUCCAAUGCUGUCCUUAACUUAAACUAUGGUAAAAUUUUGUUGCCUGUGGUUACCACUUCAAUGCUGUAUUUUUUUAUAUUAAAAAUACCUAAUUUUAAAAAUACAGUAACUGUCUUUGACAAAAGCCAGUACUCUUGUGU